AUGCAUAGAGCCAUGUACUACUCAUCGGCAUACUUCUCGAAGAUACUGGUUCAUGUAGUGCUAUUCCGCAGUGCACUUUGCAGUGUAUGGUCUCUCGGCCCACAAUUUCUCACACCCCAGUACCCGCUCGACGAGAUCUCCUCCAAUGUCUACUUCUCAGAGAAAUGGCAGGUCCUCGGCCCUUUCCAAUGUGGAACAAGAGAAGCCAUUUGGGGAACUGAUCCUCUGGAGUAUUGGGGCGGAUUCACAAACUUGUCAUUUCACGAGGAGGCAGGUUUCAAUAGCCCUCUUGCGACAGACGGAAUCGUGAGAUGGGACUCGGUGUGGGCCAAUGUCACCAAUUCUCUCCCCGAACAAAGCAGGGCAGAGCUUAUGGUAGAUUUUCCACAAAUAAAUUGGAAGUUCCUUCAAUCCGUAUAUGGGUGGUCCGCGCUGCAGUACCAGGCUUGGGUGCGUGGAUAUAUCAACUUGUCUGGUUCAAAUUACCAGGCAGUUGGGAUAUUUACGGAUGGUAUCUUGGAUUUAUUCAUGGACGGUCGACGGUACUUUGGCGGCGACUUUUACAGCUAUCGCAGAGCACCUCUGAUACUGGGACUCCCCCCCGGGGAGCAUGUCAUUGAACUGCGGCUCAUUCGUGAUGUUCGGGCCUUGGGUGGCCAAGGUGAUCCCACAAUCAAUGUAGUGCUCGAGGCCGGAAUACGUUAUGAACUGUUAACGAUUGACGAACGAAGCCUCUUGCUACCUGAAGCUACAGAUUGGCACUUUGGGAGUACCUGGGGGUCAGUGAACGUGCAGAACAAUGCGGCUGAAUGGGUAGAGGUUCUUUCCCUCAGCUGUCCUGAUUUUCCUCUAGAGAUGAGCGCGCCAUUGCCUCUUGCUCCAUAUCAAACUCGGCCACUGCCUUUCCGGUUCAUGGGCCGCAGUCCCUUGAGUGCCAGGUUUUCGGUCGAUAUUCGCUACAGAGUGGUUCAAGACGGAAAGACCUGGGUCCAAUCUUUCAUCAUCAAGGUUAUCAAUAAGACUUUCUCUGAGCCUCAGAGGUUGACAUACAUUCACCCAGCCGGCAUUGUUUCGUAUGCUAUCUUACGUCCACCACCCCUCGAUUCUCCUUGUUUGUUGAAUAAGACGACCAUCUUUCUGCCUAUUAUAAUAGGCCUCCAUGGAGCAGGUCUUGAGGCUGAUAGUGAGCAAAUCCGCCGGAUGCUGGACCUUGCUUACGGUAUCUGUGCGUGGAUGUUGUUCCCAAGCGGUGUUACCUCUUGGAGUGGCGACGACUGGCAUACUUGGGGUAUUGCUGAUAUAAGGGCUGCCGUAAGAGCUGUGCCUGACUGGAUUGGAGCCGUUGGUUGGAGUGGUCCAGGAUUCUCGGCUGAUGACUGGAUUGUCGUAGGGCAUUCAAACGGAGGCCAGGGUGUCUGGUUUCUUGUUACCCAUUAUCCCGAUAAUAUUAUCGCCGCUGCGCCGGUGUCGGGGUAUACAUCUAUUGAAAAUUAUGUGCCAUAUAACAUGUGGCGAGAUUCUGAGCCUCUGAUCUCCGCCAUCCUUCAUCAAUCGCGGGCUAGUUUCAAACAUGAACUUUUGGUAGCAAAUGCUGCUGGUAUCCCAAUCUUACAACAGCAUGGCUUGAACGACACAAAUGUCCCCGUGUAUCAUUCGCGCCUUAUGCAUCAGUUGGUAGAGGAGACUGGUUGGUCAUCUUGUUAUGUCGAGUUACCUCAUGAAGGCCACUGGUAUGACGGUGUGAUGGCAACCGCUCCACUGCUGAAGUUUUAUAAUGAUUCCUUACGAUUGACGCCAAACCGUACCCCAUUGGAGUACACAAUGUACGUCCCACCUUCCGGAGACAUGGCGUCUAAAGGCGGAAUAUGUGUGGAUCAGCUACAGUCUCCUGAUAUGUUCGGCCGUUUGCGUGUCAAAAAAGAUUCGCAUUCAGGGGUCUGGCACAUCCAGACCCAAAAUAUCUAUCGUUUCCAUCUUACAGCCAAAAUAUGCAAGACUGAAGAUUCUAUGAUUUUGGUUGUAGAUAACAUAGACAUUCAGUUCAAAGUCGACCAGUUCGAGUGUGAAUCCACGUGGUAUGUAAAAGAUACCAACAGUAGGUGGAUUGUCUCGAAGGAAAACGAUUGGCAGUCCAUAUCGCAAAGAUAUGGUCGUCAAAUGGGUGCAAUGGACGCUAUCCUGAGAACCAAUGGGAUAUUCACCAUCAACCUAUGUUCGGUGGGUGUUGAGGAAACGGCGCUCCAGAUUAGCCGCAACCUUUUACAAUAUUUCGCUGCCGACUCCCACAUCGAUCGGCAAUGCAGUUUAUUGAACACAACAUUUCCGGGGAAUGUCAUAACAGUCUCGUUAGGGAACGAAUUGGCAAACUCAGUGCUGCCAUCAUAUCCCAUUGACGUUGAAGAUAACCAUAUCGCUUUAUAUAGGAGGGGAUUUCCAGCUCCAGGCAGCCUUCACGGAAGUGUAAAUUUUGAGACGAAAGGACAUUAUCAAAAAUAUACCCUCGACCGUGAGCCCACAAUGGGUGCUCUAUUCCUCCGUCCUCUGGGAAACGAGAGUCUGGAACUGGUAGUGUGGGGUGAGGAUAUGAAUGGCCUUGAGCAGGCUGCACGCCUUGUGCCUACACUUACCGGAGCUGGUCAGCCCGAAUUCCUGAUUCUCGGUGGCAGCUGUCGCUGGAAGGGCCACGCGGGGCUUUAUGCUGCUGGUCAUUUGGACAAAUUUUGGCAAAUUUCAAUGGGUUCUUAUAUUGCCAGUGGCACAUAA